GGUCCGCUGACAGACGGAGAGCCGGGUCCAGACUCCACAGCACCAAAAUGAGCCUCUUCAAAACCAUAUUAAACUAUGCGGAUGAUUUUAAGUGUUUCACUUCCGGUCAGUGAUCUGUGUCUGUCGCGCGGAUGCUUGUUUGAAGUUGCGGCUCAGCUGCGGUGUUUGAUAUCAGUGUGUUUCAGUGUGUGACACUUCUCCUCCGGACGUUUGGUCACUAACAGCUCCGUUAAAAAGCGACGUCAUGAUACCUGAAUGUCCUCGCGCCGGGACCUCGAGGAGCCGGACCCGCUUCCAGCACAGCCCGGCGACAGAACCGAGCCAGGCGCGCGGCGGCAGCGGCUUGUUGUCCGACAUCAAAACCACCAUCAGCACCGAGCCGUUCACCGACCACUACACCAUCAUCCCCGGGAAGGAGCUGGGAAGGGGCAAGUUCGCUGUGGUCAGAAAGUGUGUGGAGAAACGCACAGGCAACGAGUACGCUGCAAAGUUCAUGAGGAAGAGACGGAAAGGCCAAGACUGCCGGAUGGAGAUCAUCCAUGAGAUCGCAGUGCUGGAGCUGGCCACAUCCAGCCCCCGCGUCAUUAACCUCCACCAGGUGUACGAGAUGGCUUCUGAGAUGGUGCUGGUCCUGGAGUUCGCGGCUGGAGGUGAGAUCUUCAACCAGUGUGUGUCGGAUCAGGAAGAUGAGGCCUUCAGCGAGGAGGACGUGAAGAGGCUCAUGAGGCAGAUCCUGGAGGGAGUCUCCUUCCUCCACCAGAACAAUGUAGUCCACCUCGACCUGAAGCCUCAGAACAUCCUGCUGACCAGCAGCUCUCCUCUGGGUGACAUCAAGAUCGUGGACUUCGGUCUGUCCAGGAUGGUCAACAGCCACCAGGAGCUCAGGGAGAUCAUGGGAACUCCGGAGUACGUCGCUCCCGAGAUCCUAAAUUAUGAGCCCAUCAGCACAGCAACAGAUAUGUGGAGCACUGGUGUGUUGGCCUACGUGAUGCUGACAGGGAUCUCUCCGUUCCUGGGCGAGAACAAGCAGGAGACAUUUCUCAACAUCUCCCAGCUCAACGUGAGCUACACUGAGGAGGAGCUUCAGCAGCUCGACCAGGCCGCCCUGUCCUUCAUCCAGACGCUGCUUUGCAAACAGCCACAGGAUCGGGCCACAGCCGAGCAGUGUCUCAAACACCCCUGGCUUCAGUCCCCAGAGCCACAAAUCCCUCCAACGGUGGAGGAGAUCCUCCCAGCGGAGGACCAGGAGCUGUCAUCCAGCUCCACCUCCAGCUCCACCACCAGCUCCACCAGUAGUCCCGAACCUCCCAGCAGCACCACCACAGCCGAGGAGGAGGAAGAGGAGGAGGAGGGUGAAGGCCCGGUGACGGAGGAGCUGAUAGUCAUGGCUGCCUACACCCUGGGUCAGUGCCGCCAGUCCUCCACCUCCACCUCAGAGAAGGAGGCCCUGGCUGCCGAGCAGAAGGCCAUCUCCAAACGCUUCAAGUUUGAGGAGCCUUUCAGCGCCCUGCAGGAGGUGCCCGGAGAGUUCAUCUACUGACCCCACCCACCACAUGACAGUACUGUCUGAGGAAAUGUUAGUGUUGUCACGGUAACAAAGAUAAGCCUUGUGAUUAUACGAAUUCCCCUCCAUAUAUACUGUAUGUGUACGAUCAGAUGCUGUUGCACAGUCACUGAUUUCAUUUAAGCAGUUGGAUUUAAGUGCAUUUUUUUAAGUACCUGCUCAUGUGUUUCUCCCAUAAUGCUUCACCCACCCACUCCACCUUCUCAAACAGCCACAGUAGGGUCAUGUCUCUUGAUUUGGUUUGCUGUUGUAUUUUUCUGACCAAAUGAAGACACUGAGAUAUUUCCACACGCUGCUGUAGAGUUUGUAAACUUCAACUUUUGAGGUCUUCUUUCCAGAGCUGUCAUCUUAGUCUGACUCUCAGCUAUCAGUCGCACAGGGAGACAUCGCCAAGAGACAGAGGCUGAAUCCAGAUAUCCACCUCCUAGACGGGGCCUUUAUAUCUGCAGGGCUGCACGCUAAAUGCACAUGUGACCUCUCACAGUGUUUCUCUGAGCAGAAAUCACGGUCUGGAGCUUCUGAUCGUGUCACUCGAGCUUCCUCAGGAGUUUGACCAGUUUCCAUGAACAGAUCAGGGAGUGUGAGAAAACAGUACUUUGAAAGUUUAAACUACAGCAUGACAGCAUGUCAAACGAUAUCUGCUGAGGGAGAUUGUUGACUACGACUGAAAGCUUUGGACUAGCUACUAAAUGGACCUUGUGGUAAAUUUGUCAGAUAGCAAUGGAUAUUUUCGCUUUUAUCUAAAUUGUGUCUAACUUUUUUGACACAUUGAUAUUAUUUAGUAUUAUUACAAGUCUCAGGACUUAUCAUUACUCGGAGGUGAAGAGUCUGCACAUGCAGGAUAGUGUGGACAUUUAGAUUCAACAAGAGAAAAACCCAGAGGGACAGGACAAAGUCCAGAGCACAAGACAGACUGAUCAGUGCUAAUUUCAUUGACGAAAACUAUGAUGACCUUUUUUCUAUGAUGAAAACGAGACAAUGACGAGCUAAAAAUAGAUCUUGAUAAUAAAAACUAAGAUGAAAUUUGUGUUUAAGUGCUGGACUGUGCUUGCAAUUAUCUUCACAUGGUAAACUCCAGUAAAUAGUCUGCACCAGGAUGUUUGGGUUGGUGUGAGUUGUGAGCUGUAACUCAGCAGUAA